ACAAAUUUUUACUUAUUCCUAACCUCAUAUUCACAACAAGGUAGUUGUGAUAUGUGGUGACUAGUGAAAAUUAUAGAUGAGAUCGCCUUUACACGUUUAUAUUUUUUAUCUAUUCUGUUAUGUAUCAAUAAUUCAUCAAGGUCGUGCUGUAUAAUUCCUACCAACAUUUUUGUACAUAUUAAUAAUACCUAAAAUGAGCUACCAGGAAAUUUUGAACAAAUUGAAAAAGAACCAACAAAAAAUGUACGAGGAAACAGUGAGAAUACUAUGUAAAAUUGCUGAUAAUAUUCUAGAAAACCCUGAAAACUUGAAAUUUCGUACUCUCCAGAAAAGCAAUCAAACUGUUACUUCCAAAAUUAUAUCUGUCAGUGGAGGAGUAGAAUGUCUUAAAGCAAUGGGAUUUGUAGAGGAGAAAAAUGUGUAUGUCAUGAAUUCAAAUGCGUCUUUAGAAGUGGUUGAUAGAUUCAGGCAAGCUCUUUCAUCCUGGCAACAAGAAAAAAAACAAAGUGAAAAUGAGAAAUGCAAGGAUGAUUCUCUAAAUUUGUCAGAACCAAAUAAGGUACUUGAUACCAAACAAGAAGAUCAAAAAUGUGCUGAUAUUAGUAAUGGCAAAGAUUCAGAAGUGGGCAAUUUAGAAAGCAUUCGUUGUAACAGGAUGCCGCCUGCAAACCUAAUCUAUAAAAAUGAUUUUUUAAAUAAAAUUGAAAGUUAUUUUCACAAUGCCCUGCAAUAUGAAGAUAAAAAUCUGCAAGAAAGGGUCAGAUGCCUUAUCCCAGUGAGAGUUCUCGAAGAAAAUUCCCAAAGAAAUUUGAGGAGAAUUCAAGAAUGUAUAAAGAAGAAUAAAUUGGAGGAUCCUGAAAUUUCCAUACAGGAUAUGAUGGUCUUGGAAUUAUUACGUUGGUUCAAGGAAGAUUUUUUUGUUUGGGUCGAUAAUCCUGAAUGUGAAAGUUGUGGUAGUGAAACUGUUUUUUCCCAUGUGUCCACAGAACGUAAUCUAGAACUGUUUUCUGAUAAAGUUGAGUAUCACAGGUGCAAAAAGUGUCAACAUGAAACGCCCUUCCCUCGGUACAAUGACCUGAACAUUCUAAUAGAGACCCGAAAAGGCAGAUGCGGGGAGUGGGCAAAUGUAUUCACACUGUUUUGUCGAACCAUGGGAUGGGACAGUAGACUAAUUAUCGAUGAGGGAGAUCAUGUUUGGACAGAGGUGUAUUCAGUGACUCAAAGGCGUUGGGUUCAUUGCGAUCCCUGUGAGAAUGAAUGUGAUGUGCCUCUGAUUUAUGAAAAUGGAUGGAAAAAGAAAAUAUCUUAUGUGAUAGCAUAUUCAGCUGAAGAAGUGCAGGAUGUCACCUGGAGGUACAGCAGCGACCAUAAAGAAGUUCUGAAAAGGAGAAAAAAGUGUUCAGAGACAGAGCUCUUGGAAGCUCUCUUACAUAUUAGGAAUGAUAGACAGAAAAAUUUGUCGCAACCCAGAAAAAACUAUUUGCUCAGGAGGACCCUGAUGGAACUUGUUGAAUUUUUGACUGAGAAGAAGCCAAAUGAGGAUUCAAAAAAAGGUCGAACUUCUGGUUCAGAAGUCUGGCGGCUGGCCAGAGGAGAAAUUAGAAAACCGUCCAAGGAAACGGCAUUCGUAUGGAAAAUUGAAAAAGACACUUUAGUAGGAAACACUGCAACCAUUGGCUAUUCUUCUACUUUAGACAAAUAUGAAUACAUUUCGGAAGGAAACAUUUUCAAAUCUGUUAGUGGUUGGGAUGAAGGAGCUUAUAGCCAUAAAAGUAUUUUUAGGAAGGAAGAGAAAGAUUGGAAGAUGGUUUAUUUGGCCAGGAAAGAAGGAGAAGAUGAUGGGAUCAUAUCUUGGAAAUUUGAUUGGUCAAACUCUGGAAGAAUUUUGGAUGCAGUAACUCUGAAAUUGGAGUACUUUACUAUUAAAAGCGGAAAAGUAGAAGUUCAAAUGUCUUCAGGAGAUAAAUGUAUGUCAAUACCAAAAGGUACAAAAACAGCCACAUUCCGAGACUUUAAUUCAGCUAAAGAAUUAACAGUAACUGCUAAACUAUCCGGAGGUACAGGGGGUGUCUCCUGGCAGCACGCUCAACUUUUUAGGCAAUCUGUAGAAAAUGAAGAUUUUGAUUUUACCCUAACUUUUGCUUUUAAAUCGUAAAAACAUUUAUUCACGCAUUGAUUUUUUUUCAGAAAUUUCUAUUUAUUCCAAUGUAAAAUGGUUCCAUUGACUC